GUUUCCCACAACUAAGAUGGCCGCCGCGAAUUAGUGACGCUGGAGAGUGCAAGAGGGACCUAGAGGUACGAGAGAAGGGUGCGCCUGACACUCCGCUUCCUGUCGGGAUGGAGGCCGUGCUCAAUGACCUGGUGGCCGUGGAGGAUCUGGUGAGAUUUGAGAAGAAGUACUUGGCUGAGCUGACUUCGGGAUCGCUGAGUAAGGGGACGCAGUUUGAGUACGCCUGGUGUCUGAUUCGCAGCAAGUACUCCGCCGACAUUCAGAAAGGGGUGGGGCUUCUAGAAGAUCUUUUGCCAAAGGCAAAUAAAGAUGAACAGCGGGAUUAUCUCUUCUACCUGUCUGUAGCCCAUCACAGGUUAAAGGAAUAUGAGAAGGCUCUGAAGUACGUCCGCACACUUCUUCACAAAGAACCCAAAAACACUCAGGCCCAGGAGCUGGAGAAGGUCAUCGAGAAGAAGAUGCAGAAAGAGGGGCUCGUCGGCAUGGCCAUCGUCGGCGGAAUGGCGAUCGGAGUGGCGGGACUCGCCGGCCUGAUCGGUCUGGCCAUCGCCAAAUCUAAAUAAAAAACAUGUUGCUAGCCAAAGCCUUGUUUUUCUGUUUAACCCCGUAGUAACCAAAAACCUUUUCUUUGUAAUCGCACAAUUCGGGGGACGUCAGAAAUGAUUGUAGCAGCGGAGUCGGGUCCUUUCCUCCUAUAAAACCUUCCAGAAUCCAACCGGCCAAUCACUGUGAUCCACAGACAUUCUGCUCCACACCGUCCUUGUCCUCCGGCUUAUAUCGUGCCGUACAGCUUAGAAUAACGCGGCUCUUCGAGGAGACGUCCACCCCGGAAGUAAAUUAUUUGAAGAUGUUUUCUAAUAUACUUGCACUAUCUAUUCUCGGCUGUUUUGGAAAUAAUUAUAAUUAUUUAUCUCUUC